GUACCAGGUACCCGCAGGUUCGCCCCGGAGAGGAUCUCCGCCAGUAAGCGCGGGUGGUUGCCCCCGCCUGCCUUGCCCAGCCCAGCUCAGCCCAACGUUCCAGCUUUAUCCUCCAGCUAAUCCAACACGUGCGUCAGCCACCUACCUACCUGGCAGAUCCCCCAGCUUACUUGCUAUUUACUUUUCGUUUGAGCUCCCCCUUUCCUUCCCCUCCACACUUCACUCACCUCACAUCUCACACCUCACAUCACUCAAUUUCCCACCUCAACAGCAAUCAGUUAACCCCCCAAACAACAAAAGCAACACGAACCAUGACCUCUCGAACCGCCCUCUUCAUCACCGACCUGCAAACCGAACUCCUCACCUCCCCCGAAACCCGCAUCCCCCACGCCGACCGCAUCCUCACAGCGUCGACCGAAAUCCUCACCACCGCGCGUUCCAUCAUCGACGCCCACCGCGACACGAACCGUCUCUCGCCCUCCCUCAUUGUCUUCGUUCAACAUGAAGAAAACCCUACUACCGGUGGCACGAUGAUCAAGGGCAUCGAGCCGUGGGAAUUACAUUUCGCUCCUCGGGAGAGUGUAGAGGAGGAGAUUGUCGUGGGGAAGAAUAUGGACGACCCAUUCAAAUCCAACCGAGGCCUAGCCCAAAAGCUCCGCAGCGCGGGCGUCACCGAUAUCGUGGUGCUUGGAGCGCAGAGUGAGAAGGGUGUGGAGGCGACGUGUACGGGGGCGUUGGCGGCCGGGUUCCGGGUUACUUUGUUGGCGGGCGCGCAUUCGACGUAUGAUCGGGAUGGGGAGGGGAAGAUGGCGGUGGAUAUUGAAAGGGAGGUGGAGCGGAGGUUGUCGACGAGGGGGGCUAGGGUCGUGGGUUGGGAGAAGGCGGUUCGGGGUUGGGUGGAGAGGCAGAGGGUUGGUUGAAUAUCGUUUUAGGCAGAUGUCUUAUUCCAGUUCCUUAGUACAAUAUUAUUAAUGAUUCC